AUGAGAAACAGACGUUAUUGUCGUCUGGAUAUUUGUCUCCGGCGGACCGUGUUUGGAGUCCUCAGGUUCCUGGUCCUGGCUGCUUCCUGCUCGGCUCUGGACCACAGCCGCACGCAAGCUUCUGCUCCGGUCUCUGGAGUGAUCUUGCUCACCGGUCCAGGGGGUCUGUACUGGUUCAACUUCACCUCGGCGAAGGAGGCGUGUCUUGCUCACAACCUCUCCAUGGCAACGGGGGCCCAGCUAGAAACGGCCCUGGCGGCGGGGCUUGAGACUUGCAGUUUCGGCUGGCUGGCAGAGAACGUGGCUGCGAUCCCUCGGCGCUCCUCCGUCUCCACCUGUGGCAGUGGGUCAGUGGGCGUGGUCAAAUGGAGAGCAGCAAGCCAGCGGAAGUUUGCCGCCUGGUGCUUCAACGACACAGUGUCCACAGUUCUGGUCGCCAUCAGUGUCAUCUCGGUGAUCUUGUCAACAGUGGGAGCUCUGUGCUACUACAAAAUGUCUGAGUGCUGCAUUUGGACUCGGGCCCCUCCCUCUGACCACGAGGAGACCUGGGAGCAGACCAGUGCAGAGCUGGAGCUGGAGCUGGAGCUGCAGAAGAGGUUCACCAUCAGCAGCGAGACGGCACUCUACGCUCUGGACCCAACCACGCAAUCACAGCAAGAAUGA